ACCCGAGCGGCGUUCACUCGGCGGCGCGCCACGGCGCGACAUGCCCAGCUGAUGUUUAUUUAUACCGCGAGCUCGGCGGAGGGCGCGCGCGGGAGGCCCUCCCCUCCGCGGCACCACGGUUUCGCGUGAUGCAGCCGAGCGAUCUGGCCGACGCCGCGCACGCCGCUAGCGGAACCCAACCGCAGCGCGGCAUCAACGGUGGACGUUUCGACUUCGACGACGGCGGGACAUACUGCGGGGGCUGGGAGGAUGGCAAGGCCCACGGCCACGGCGUGUGCACCGGCCCCAAGUCGCAGGGGGCAUACGCCGGCUGCUGGCAUUUCGGGUUCGAGGUGUCCGGCGUCUACACCUGGCCCAGUGGCAGCUACUACGAGGGCCAGUGGCAGUCGGGCAAGCGGCACGGGCUGGGCGUGGAGACGCGCGACCGGUGGCUGUACCGCGGCGAGUGGACGCAGGGCUACAAGGGUCGCUACGGGGUCCGCCAGAGCACCACCAGCAAUGCCAAGUACGAGGGCACCUGGGCCAACGGGCUGCAGGACGGCUACGGCUCCGAGACAUACGCCGACGGCGGCACUUAUCAGGGGCAAUGGAUGCGAGGGCUUCGUCACGGGUACGGAGUGCGGACGUCCGCCCCCUUCGGCCUGGCGUCGCACUACAGGGGGCGAUCGCACCACCGCGGCUCCUUGUCAUCUCUGGCGGAGGCGGCGGGUACACCGGACCCGUCAGACCAGAGGACCACGCGCAUGGACGACGCGCGAGGGGGAUUCGUGCUCAAGGCCAGCUCCGACGAACCUUCGGGAAGACGGAGUUCGAUUGUUGAAAAGACGAAAAAGGGACUCCUUUCUAGGUUUCGUAAACAACACAGCACGGGCGAGCUGGACAAGCGGCUGGCGUCGUCGAUGCGGUCGGGCGGCUCGGCGGGCUCCAACUCCUCCUGGGUAUCCUCCGUCGAGUCCACGCACUCCGCGCACACGAGACUCUCGCUACACACUAACUCCAACAAUAGUUUUAUUGUAGAGGAUGAGCAUUUGGAUGCUAGCGUAACUGAAACGUAUAUGGGUGAAUGGAAGAACGAUAAACGAACUGGAUUCGGUGUGAGUGAAAGAAGUGACGGCCUUCGAUACGAGGGCGAGUGGUUCGGGAAUAGAAAAUAUGGUUACGGUGUGACAACGUUCCGCGAUGGUACCAGGGAAGAGGGGAAAUACAAAAACAAUGUACUCAUCACAAGCCAGAAACGCAAGCACAUGUUCCUCAUGAGAUCGGCGAAAUUCCGAGAGAGAGUUGAUUCAGCAGUAAAUUCGGCGCAACGGGCGUUGAAAAUUGCAAUGCAAAAGGCCGAUAUCGCCAUCUCCAGGACCGCCGUAGCUCGGGGGAAGGCUGAGCAAGCUGAUGCAGCAGCAGACCAAGCAUUAGAAGACUGUGAUAUAGCGCAAUCAACUGCGAAACAGUUUGCCCCAGACUUUAAACAUCCUGGCUUCGAUCGAAUAGGAUUAAGAGAAAGAUAUAGACAAAAGAAUUAUGAAUCUAACGUAACGUCAAACACGCAACAAGAACCUGACAAGAUGAUGGAUGGAAAGAGCAUUCCAAAUCAUAUCCCUCCAAUGCAUCAGCAGGUUCCUCAAAUGAACAAACAAAUACCCAACUCCGUACCCUCCCGAAGGCCCUCGACGCAAUAUCCGAAACCUGGACAAGGACAAGGAGAUCCGAGGCUCGCUAAUAACACCGGAUAUAAUGUAGACAACCGAAACGUCGGUCAGCCGUAUGAUCCCUAUUCGUACAAUACUGGUCAAGAAACAUGGAACAACACGGGGAACAUGCAAAACCAAAUGCCAAACGCACAAAAACAGUAUACGCCCAAUGACCCCAGUGGAUACAAUAUGAUGCCACAACAGCAAAGUAUGGACCAAAGUAACCAACAGUUUUCUAAUCAGGGACGUCGAUUCUCUUCAUCGAUUCGACAACCGACGAAUCAAAAGCCUCAACAGGAAUGGAACACGACGGCAGGUAUUCCCCGACGGCAAAGCAUCCUCGCUCAACCGACACACGAUCCACUGGGGCACCCGUAUAUCGACAGCGGCACCGCCUCCUACGGCAGAAAUGAACUGCGAACGGGAACCGUACACUCGGAAGGCGUCCUUGAUAGACAACAAAUGGACCAGCAACAGUAUCGACAGACAAACGAGCCCCCGGGCUACCGUCAAAACGUCGACCAGGGCUAUAGACAGGAACCACAAAUGUAUCGCAAGCCCUCCAUGGAUCAACAAAACUAUCGGCAAACGGAUCAACAAAUGUAUCGUCAGCAGCCUAUGGACCAGCAGCAGUAUAAUAGACAGCCGGCAGCGGAGCAGGAGCAGAUAAACGGGGAGCGCGACACCAGGGCGGGCAAUAGACCGUCCAUAGACUAUUUUGACCACUACAAGAGGCCGCCCAGUAGGGAUUCGAGCGUGGACCGGUACGGAAGACGGUCGAGACAGCCGUCGGUCGAAGCUGGGAACCCUACGGGAGGGUCUCGCGCGGGGUCCGUAGCUCCGCAACAGCCGACGCAGGCGUCCCGGCCCCCGUCGCGGGCCGCCACGCCGGCCGGGAACGGUCACCUGGCGUCGGGCCGGGGGUCCGUCCCAAGAUCUUCGAUACAGCAGCAGCCGUUUGAGGAAUCUCUUCUGAGGAAGAGGACACUAGGUCAAGAGAUAUCUCCUUCGCCGUACCAGCCGAAAAGAACGGAAAGUCUUUAUGUAACGCAAAACGCCCCAGCGCCGCCCGCGCCUACUGGAGGUGGUGGAGGAGGUCGUAAAGUAACCGCCGAAAUGUGGUACCAGGAGGAGGAGGAGGACGAGGACCUCAUGUGCUCGCCGGCGAUCCUCGCCCGCCGCGCCUCCGAGAGCUGGAUCAACGUCCCUCCCGUCGAGAUGUUAAGUACGCCCCAAACGCUGCAACGCAAGAAGUCGUUGCCGGACGUGGCGGCGAUCCCGGCGGAGGUGGGCAUGUCCCGGGAGGAGGUGUCCGCGCUCGGCUCCGCGCGCCGGGAGGAGGUCCGCCGCAUGAUGGAGGAGACGGAGAAACUCCGCGCCAACCCCCUCCUCUAUUUAGUCAGUCCACAAGUCAAGGACUGGUUUUCGAGACAGCAGCUAGUGAUUUUAGUGCUCUUCGUCAAUAUCUCGUUAGGCAUUAUGUUUUUCAAGCUGCUGACGUAGCGUCGGCGGGCGGCGCCGGGGCGCCCCACGCACCAAUACAACUGACGACUUACGAUCGAGUCACUGUGAAUCACGCGCAAUUAUUAAAUGUAAUAAAUGUUAUUUACCUUG